UUGGUGGAAAAAGUGUAGCAGUAUGGCAAUAAAUUGAGUAAGCAUUCCUAUAAGAAGUUGUUAGCACUAAAAUGGUUGAAUGCAUUGGACAUUAGCUGAAUCAUGCAUUGGAAGCGAAUGGGAUUUGUCCGUAAAUUCACAUUACAGCGGAUUUCAAAUUGAUUGCUUAGCCUAGCCUAAAUGUUGAUAAAAUAUAGAGUGAACUGAAGUCUGUAUUAAAUGGCUUUAAACAGGGACAGAAUGUGUUAAUAUUGUCACCGCUAUGAGUGCUAUGACAGGGACGAAUAGACUAUGUGCGGUGAUCCAUGAUAAAUAGAUCCCUCCCUUCUGGAUGAAAGCAUUGAGUGAAUGACAGAAUCAUAACAGAAACAGUUAGAUUGAAAACACUACUUUCUUCAAAAGGAACAGAAUCGUCUCGAAUCAGCAACGGGCAUUCAUCAUGGGGAAGCUAUGUGAGCUGGCCUUUGUGUCUCUGGCCCUCCUGGCUCUACUUCAUACUGACUCUACAUGGGCCAAGAGAAGUGUCAGCAGUAGCAGCAGCAAAAAGUCUUCAUCCAACAACAGGGGUUCAGAAAAAAAGCCAUCAAAAACAUCAAACACGCAGACGGGAAGCUACCCCAGACAACCACAGAGCCCCAACAGGAACCCCAACUCAUACCCAGCAGGAGGUAGUUAUCCAGGGAGAGGUACCAAUCAGAACCAGAACCCAGCCGGUGGUUACCCUGCUGCAGGUGGCUACCCUGCUGCAGGUGGCUACCCUGCUGCGGGUGGCUACCCUGCUGCAGGUGGCUACCCUGCUGCAGGUGGCUACCCUGCUGCAGGUGGCUACCCUGCUGCAGGUGGCUAUCCUGCUGCAGGUGGCUAUCCUGCUGCAGGUGGCUAUCCUGCUGCAGGUGGCUACCCCAACCAGCAGUAUCCAGUCAGAGCCAAUCCUGGGGGAAAUCCAAACCAGAACCCUGCAGCUGGAGGUUACCCAGCCGCUGGUGGCUAUCCUGCAGCAGGUGGCUAUCCCAACCAGCAGUAUCCAGGCAGAGCCAAUCCUGGGGGAUAUCCAAACCAGAACCCUGCAGCUGGAGGUUACCCAGCCGCUGGUGGCUAUCCUGCAGCAGGUGGCUAUCCCAACCAGCAGUAUCCAGGCAGAGCCAAUCCUGGGGGAUAUCCAAACCAGAACCCUGUAGCUGGAGGUUACCCAGCUGCUGGUGGCUAUCCCAACCAGCAGUAUCCAGGCCGGGCAAAUCCUGGGGGUUAUCCAAACCAGAAUCCAGCAGCAGGUGGUUACCCUGCAGCAGGUGGCUACCCCAACCAGAACCCAGGGAGAGGAGGAGUCAAUCCGGGAUACCCAGCUGGAGGUUACCCAGUAAGAGGGGGAAAUACUGGCUGGGGGCAGGCAGGGGGCUACCCUGGUAGAGGGAUGGGAGGAGGUUACCAACCCAACUGGAACCCAAACAAUAAGAUCCUCAGUCCCCGCUAUGGUUAUGGAGGUGGGCAUGGGGGUAUGGGAGGUGGCUCUCCAUUCUCACGCUCAGUUCAGAAUAUGGGGCACUACCCAUCUACUCAGUCCAAGGGCUUUGCUAAGAAGGCUCUUAUGGCCGCAGGGGUUGGGGCCGUGGCAGGUAUGGCAGUAGGCUAUGGCCUUGGGCGUUUCCCCCGCCCACAUUUCAACUUCCGCAACACUCAGGAGGAGCAGUCCUACAACAACUACAUGUACAGCAAAUACGGUGAACGCUCCACAGAUGAAAACGACUAUGGCCGGGACUAUACCUACAAAGUACCACCGCGGGCAGAGUCCUACGACAGCUUCAUGGAUACCUGCAUGAAGAGGAACGACCUUCUGCAGGAUCAGGCCAGCGACUCCCAGGCUACACCUAACAACCAGAGGAACAACCCCCAGGGAGCCAACAGCCAAAGCCUGCCCAUCACUCCUGAGGUGGGGAACAGCAGUCCAGCUAGCAACCAGGGGGGAACAGACACAGUGAAGCCCCUCACCCCAGCCCCUGUGGAGAUAGCUGGAGAGGAUAUGGGUAAGGAGGAGGAUGACGGCCUCACAGUGAGCAUUGAGGAGAUUGGCUACCCUGCAUUGGUGGAGCAGCUGAAGAACCGUAAGUGUGUGGAGCUGUACAUGAACUACUCUGAGCGUUUCCUGGAGAAGCAGACAGCUGAACGUAGCAGCGACAGCAACAACAACAACAACAACAAGUAUGAGAACAGUCACAGUAACCUCCUUAGCCAGGGGCUGGUACAGCUGAUAACCACCUUCCUCAUGGUCCUGAGCAGCACUCUCCUGCUGCAGUAAGACAGGAACACAUAGCCAUGUCCCAGUUGUAUGGAAUAGCUUCAUUUCCUAGUCACCCCUCCUCAAUAUGCCACUGAUUUCUUGUGAGGAUAGGUUAAUUAAACAAGGUGUAGGUGGAGAUAUAACCAAUCCUUUAACUAAUCUGUGGUCAUGAAGGAAAGGGGACAAGGAAAGGAAGCCAGUGGAAAAUAACUUCCAGUGAACUUCCAGCAAAAUGAGGACCAAUAAAAAUAUGUACUGUAAGGGGGUACUCGAGGACCGGAGUUGGGAACCACUGCUGUACAUGAUUCUUCACAUGGUAUUUGUACUUUAAGUGUUCGAUAUCUCAACACUAUUUCUAAAAUAAACCGAAACCAGCUGUCCUGCUUGUCUCUUACAGCUUAGUUCAGUCUACUGCUAAAUAUGGAAUAACAGCAUUUUGUCUGUAAGUCCAAAACCAUGAGUCAGUCGUGUAGACAAAGGGGAAGUAUAAAAGCAAAAGUAGCAAGUCUCAUCAGUACACCAUAUGACUUUAAUUAAAUGCAGAUACACUAGAUAAACAAACAUUAUUACAGCACUUUUUUGCCACCAUAUAAGGUACUAUCAUCCGAUUAGGGGUUCAGUGUCUUUUUGCCAAAGUGGUUCCACAGAAAGCACAGACAAGCAUUAUGUUGACCAUUUGUCAUUUUAAAUCCAUUUUAUUCAUGCAUUUCCAUGUGCGUUAUACUGUACAUCAGUGGUUCCCAACUCCAAACCCACAACCACACACAUUUUUGUUGUAGCCCUGGAUAAACAUAACGGAUUCAACUCAUUGAGGGCCUGAUGAUUAGUUGACAAGUUGAAACAGGUGUGCUUGUCCGGGGCUACAAUAAAAAUGUGUACUGUUGGGGCUAUUGAACUAUUACAUAAUAGUUCACAUGAUAUUUGAAUUUGUACUCUAAAUGUUCGAUCUUAUGUGGUCUGCAGUAUUUGGUUUUAAAAGUUGCCUGUUUUGUAAAUACUUAUAAUAAUUAAGUAGGGAAUGGUCAGAGUUUUGUUAUUAAUCAAUCCCUAUUUCUGUUCCUAUUUUUCUUUUGUGCUCUCUUGUCCCAUCUCUCUACCUCCCCAUCUAGUCUUCCUCUCCAUGUCCUCCUGUCCCCUGGUUAUCAGAAGUGCACUUAUUUCGCUUGGCGAAUGGAUAUAAAUUACUCUUCUUUUUCCUUUUUUUUCAAGGAUCUAUUUAGUGAUUAACUCAUUUAUAUUGGUUUUAACAUAGAGAACAACAUGCAUUGUUUUAAUGUGUCUUUAAAUUAACCACUUUGUCAUGCUCUAACUCAAUGGGGAAUUUUACCAUUAUCUUGCUGAAAUGACUGAUGUCUUCUUCCAUUUCCCAAGUACAGAAUGACUAAAAACUAAAAGAAUUUUAAAAAACA